AUGGCCGAUCCAGUCGCUGAUUUUCUUGCUCGUGAACAAGAUAUGCUUGCCGAGAUCGAUGGUGUUCCAAUACCUCCAGCAGGUGUAGCCGCUGAUGCGACACUACCUGUACCUGCUGCAGAUGAGUUCGGUGCCAUGGCAGUGGGUCCUCCGUCGAUUGGUGGUGCCGAUUCUGGCGUAGAUCUUGUAGGCAUGGAUUAUCAAGCAACCCCUUCAAUUCCACUGGUUAAUGGGAACGGUGUGAACAGUCAGCAUUCGGCGGCCAGUUCUAAAGAAGCGUCACCGGUUCCAUCUUUAACACGAGUUGAAGCUGAGAAUAUACGCAGAUGGCGUGAGCAGCAGAAGAUUCUUCUCGAGAAAAAAGAUGAAGCUGAAGAAAAGAGAAAGAAUGAGCUCAGGAAUAUGGCAAAGAAAGAAUUAGAGGAAUGGUAUAAACAGCGAGAUGCAGCAUUGAAACUAACAAAGGAAGCUAACAGGAAAGCCGAAGAAGAACAUUUGGCUGCUUUUGGUCGUGAACAAGGAGAAGGAGCACAAUGGGACGAAAUAGCACGACUAUGCGAGGCAAAAGCUCAGCAAAAAGGAGGAAAAGACGUUAGUCGUCUAAAAAGCCUCUUACUUCAUCUCAAGGAUCAUCAUCGCAAGUGA